AUGCUCGGCGCUCCCUCUCCUAGAAGGUUGGCGGAUGUCCUCGCCGUGACGGCGGGACUGGUGGCCUCUGUUAGGGCAGCAAGUCCCAUCUCCGCGUCUGGCAAGUCGUUUGCCCUCAACGGAGACAACGUCUCGUACCGCUUCCACGUCGACGACGACUCUAGUGACCUCAUUGGCGACCACUUUGGCGGCCCUGCCACGGAAGAUGGCGUCUUCCCUCCCAUCAUUGGCCCCAUCCAGGGCUGGGUCGACCUCAUCGGCCGGCAGCGGCGCGAGUUCCCGGACCUGGGCCGCGGCGACUUUCGCACGCCCGCGGUGCACAUCCGGCAGUCGGCGGGCUACACGGUCAGCGAUUUCCAGUACAGGUCGCACCGCGUCGUCGAGGGCAAGCCGGCGCUGCGCGGCCUGCCGUCGACGUUUGGCGAUGCCGGGGACGUGUCGACGCUGGUUGUGAGCAUGUAUGAUAACUACAGCUCCGUGGCGGCCGACUUGACGUACUCCAUCUUCCCCAAGUACGACGCCAUUGUGCGCAGCGUCAACAUCACCAACAUGGGCAAGGGCAACAUCACCAUUGAGAAGCUCGCCAGCUUGAGCGUCGAUCUGCCGUACGAGGAGUUUGACAUGCUGGAGCUCAAGGGUGACUGGGCUCGCGAGGGAAAGCGGGUGCGGCGCAAGGUUGACUACGGCUCUCAGGGUUUCGGGAGCACCACUGGCUACUCAUCACACUUGCACAACCCCUUCGUCUCGCUCAUCACGCCUACGACGACCGAAUCCCAAGGAGAGGCAUGGGGCUUCUCUCUAGUGUACACUGGCUCGUUCUCCGUCGAGGUGGAAAAGGGUUCGCAGGGCCUCACGCGUGCCGUCCUCGGCGUCAACCCCUCUCAGCUGUCAUGGCCACUGGGACCAGGCGAGACCUUUAGCAGCCCCGAGGCAGUUGCUAUCUUCUCCAAUACGGGCAUCGGCGGAAUGUCAAGAAAGUUCCACAACCUGUACCGCCAGCAUCUCAUCAAGAGCAAAUUCGCGACUCAGAUGCACCCCGUCCUGCUCAACAGCUGGGAGGGCCUCGGCUUCGACUACAAUGAUACCACCAUCCUGCAUCUGGCGCAGGAGUCUGCCGACCUCGGCGUCAAGUUGUUUGUCCUGGACGAUGGCUGGUUUGGAGACAAGUAUCCUCGUAUCAGUGACAACGCUGGUCUGGGCGACUGGGUGGCGAAUCCCAAGAGGUUCCCCCAGGGCAUGUCGGACUUCGUCAGCGACGUGACGAAGCUCAAGGUGGCCAACUCGUCUGACCAUCUCCAGUUCGGCCUCUGGUUCGAGCCGGAAAUGGUCAACCCCAACUCAACCCUAUACCACGAGCAUCCCGACUGGGCGAUUCACGCCGGGCCAUACCCUCGCACCUUGACGAGGAACCAGCUGGUGCUCAACGUCGCUCUCCCCGAGGUGCAGGACUUUAUCAUUGAGUCGCUGUCUAACUUCCUGGGCAACGCCAGCAUUUCGUACGUCAAGUGGGACAACAACCGCGGCAUCCACGAGGCCCCUUACCCAGGGCUCGACUACGCCUACAUGCUGGGCCUGUACCGCGUCUUUGACACGCUGUCGUCAAAGUUCCCCAAUGUUCGCUGGGAGGGAUGCGCGUCUGGCGGCGGCCGGUUCGACCCCGGUGUGUUGCAGUACUUUCCUCACAUCUGGACGUCUGACGACACGGAUGCCGUGGAGCGCAUCGCGAUCCAGUUUGGCACGUCGCUCGUGUAUCCGCCAUCGGCCAUGGGAGCCCACGUCUCCGCCGUGCCCAACGGCAACACGCAGCGCACAACGUCCAUUGCCUUCCGUGCCCACGUUGCCAUGAUGGGCGGCUCGUUUGGCUUCGAGCUCAACCCGGCGGUGAUGCCGGAGGACGACAAGGCGCAGAUCCCGGGCAUCAUUGCGCUGGCAGAGAAGGUGAACCCCAUUGUGGUCAAGGGCGACAUGUGGCGGCUGAGCCUGCCGGAGGAGUCCAACUGGCCGGCGGCGCUCUUCAUCUCGCAGGACGGCAGCCAGGCGGUCCUGUUCUACUUUCAGAUCCGGGCCAACAUCAACAACGCGUGGCCGGUGCUGCGGCUGCAGGGGCUGGACGCCUCGGCCAAGUACAAGAUUGACGGCAACCAGACGUUUUCGGGGGCGACGCUGAUGAAUAUCGGGCUGCAGUACCAGUUUAAUGGGGACUAUGACAGCAAGGUGGUGUUUUUGGAGAAGCAGAAGUGA